AUGACGACAUCCUCUGCUGCUCGUGAUGCCGUCAAUACAUCCGAAGGAACAUCCACCUCCCCCUCGUUGCCGUCUUUAUGUCUCUCUUUGCUCUACCCGAACGCACCGGUACGCGUCGAACUUUCCGUUUUGAACGAGGAGGACUUUGAGGACGACGGGGAAAAAAAUACGCGAAGAAGAGGAGAGAAAUCGACGACGACGACGACGACGAAGGUUUCCUCCUCCUCCUCCUUCGACGAUCAGUUCGCGCUCGGCUUGUUGACGUUCGCCUCGACCGCGGCGGAUGCGUUUCGCGCGAUCGUCGAUCGUGGUGGCGGGAAGAAGGAAAAGAAGAAGAAGAAGAAGACAAAGAAGAGAGAAGAACAACUUCGGUUGGUGGCGGUGCGUGUAUUCGUCCGAGAAGAGGAAGAAGAAGAACAUCCUCCGAACACGAGGACGAAAGGCGGCGGCGGCGUUCUUCGCCGAGGCGCGCGAACGUGGCACCAUCCCGGGGAAAAGCUUCCUCCGACGUCCUCUUCGUCUUUCUUCUCUUUCGUCGACGACGACGAUAUAGACGGCAUCCGCCGCGGCCAGAAGAUUCGUCGUUCGCUCACCCCUUUACCUCUCUCGCAAAGAAGAACGAGAUCUCCUCCUCCUCCUUCUCCUCCUUCACUCGACGCGUCGUUCUCCGUGUGGAGACUCUCCGACGAUAAAGAUCUCAACGAAAUACACGAUGAAUACGAGGACGAGUUUCGCGAAGAGAAGAGACACGUGAAAAGAAAACAGUCGUUCACGCCGAGUUUCGUCAAAGAGAGGAAGGCGGACGACGACUCCUGA